GUUUCACAUGCAAACAAUACCAUACCAUACCCUCAAAAGCAAAUAGCAAAAAGAAGUCAUUGAUUUGGAAAUUGGAAUCAUAUGUGUAUAUAUAUUCGUGUUUCAAAGACGCAUCUAAAUUGGUUUCUUCAAUUCUUCAACUCCUCCAUUUUGUUUGUUUUGGCUUUCUUUUCAACUUUUUUUCUUAUCCUGAAUAGUUUUAAAAGCUAGUAUUUGUGGAGUACUAUACGUAUAUAUGUAUGUAUGGCAGAUUCAUAUGACGAAGAGUGUGAUUACCUGUUUAAGGCAGUGUUGAUCGGUGAUUCUGCAGUUGGAAAAUCGAAUCUCCUCUCAAGGUUUGCUAAAGAUGAAUUCCGAUUGGAUUCCAAGCCUACUAUAGGCGUUGAAUUUGCAUAUCGGAAUGUUAAGAUUGGCGACAAAGUUAUUAAAGCUCAAAUAUGGGAUACAGCCGGCCAAGAAAGGUUUAGAGCAAUUACAAGUUCAUACUAUAGGGGAGCAUUGGGGGCAUUGUUAGUGUACGAUAUAACCCGAAGAACAACGUUCCAAAACGUGAAGAAAUGGAUGCAUGAGCUACGAGAAUUUGGAAAUUUGGAAAUGGUGAUUGUGCUUGUUGGGAACAAAUCUGAUUUGAGUGAGUCCAGGCAAGUAAGCGAAGAAGAAGGAAAGAAAAUAGCAGAGAUGGAAGGUUUAUUUUUCAUGGAAACAUCUGCUUUACGAAAUUUGAACGUGGAAGAAGCGUUUUUAAGAAUGAUCAACAAAAUUCAUGAAACCACAAUGAGUCAAAAAUGUUUAGAUGUUAAUAUGAAAGAAUCAAAUGUUGUUGGGGCUGGAAAAGAAAUCAUCACCAUUGAUGAAGUCACUGCUACUAAACACUCAAAUAAUUGUUGUUACAGGUGACUGCCUUUUUUCCCUCCACAACUUUUAGUGUAAAUUUUCAUGCAAUUCUGAUGCCCUUUCAUGCA